UUUGUCUUCUCUUUUAGGGCUGCCACCCGGGACGAUGAGCGGCUGAGAUGGAGACGUCUGCCUCAGCCACUGCCGCGGAGAAGCAGGAAGCCAAAAGUGCGAUCCUGGAGGCCAGCGGCUUCCCCGACCCCGGCAAAAAGGCCUCUCCUCUGGCGGUGGCCGCGGCGGCGGCGGCGGCAGCGGCUGUAGCUGCCCAAGGAGUGCCGCAGCACUUCUUGCCACCAUUCCACGCGCCCUUACCGAUUGACAUGCGACACCAGGAGGGAAGGUACCAUUACGAGCCUCACUCUGUCCACGGCGUGCACGGGCCCCCCACCCUGAGCGGCAGCCCUGUCAUCUCUGACAUCUCCUUGCUCCGGCUUUCCCCACACCCUGCCGGCCCUGGGGAGUCCCCCUUCAACGGCCCCCACCCGUACGUGAACCCCCACAUGGAGCACUACCUCCGUUCCGUGCACAGCAGCCCCACGCUCUCCAUGAUCUCUGCAGCCAGGGGCCUCAGCCCCGCAGACGUGGCCCAGGAGCACCUUAAGGAGAGGGGACUGUUCGGCCUCCCUGCCCCGGGCACCAACCCCUCAGACUAUUACCACCAGAUGACCCUCAUGGCGGGCCACCCCGCACCGUAUGGGGACCUGCUGAUGCAGAGCGGGGGUGCCGCCGGCGCUCCCCAUCUCCACGACUACCUCAACCCCGUGGACGUGUCGCGGUUCUCCAGCCCGAGAGUGACGCCCCGCCUGAGCCGCAAGCGGGCGCUGUCCAUCUCCCCUCUCUCAGACGCCAGCCUCGACCUGCAGCGGAUGAUCCGGACCUCGCCCAACUCGCUGGUGGCCUACAUCAACAACUCACGCAGCAGCUCAGCCGCCAGCGGCUCCUACGGGCACCUGUCGGCAGGUGCCCUCAGCCCAGCCUUCACCUUCCCCCACCCCAUCAACCCCGUGGCCUACCAGCAGAUCCUGAGCCAGCAGAGGGGCCUAGGCUCGGCCUUCGGACACACCCCACCCCUGAUCCAGCCCUCACCCACCUUCCUGGCCCAGCAGCCCGUGGCCCUCGCCUCCAUCAGUGCCACCCCCACCCAGCUCAGCAGCAGCAGCAAUUGUCUGAGUGACGCCAACCAGAACAAGCAGAGCAGCGAGUCGGCCGUGACCAGCACCGUCAACCCCAUCGCCAUUCACAAGCGCAGCAAGGUCAAGACCGAGGCGGAGGGCCUGCGGCCGGCCUCACCGUUGGCCCUAACUCAGGGCUGGGUGUCAGGACACGGCUCAUGAGGGUGUGCACUUCUCCUCCCCCAGGAGCAGCUGGCUGACCUCAAGGAAGACCUGGACAGGGAUGACUGUAAGCAAGAGGCUGAAGUGGUCGUCUACGAGACCAACUGCCACUGGGAAGACUGCGCCAAGGAGUACGACACCCAGGAGCAGCUGGUGCACCACAUCAACAACGAGCACAUCCACGGGGAGAAGAAGGAGUUCGUGUGCCGCUGGCAGGCCUGCACUCGCGAGCAGAAGCCCUUCAAGGCGCAGUACAUGCUGGUGGUGCACAUGCGGCGGCACACGGGCGAGAAGCCCCACAAGUGCACGUUCGAGGGCUGCUCGAAGGCCUACUCGCGCCUGGAGAACCUGAAGACGCACCUGCGGUCCCACACCGGGGAGAAGCCGUACGUGUGCGAGCACGAGGGCUGCAAUAAGGCCUUCUCCAACGCCUCGGACCGCGCCAAGCACCAGAACCGCACCCACUCCAACGAGAAACCCUACAUCUGCAAGAUCCCGGGCUGCACCAAGAGAUACACAGACCCCAGCUCUCUCCGGAAGCACGUGAAAACAGUCCACGGCCCAGAUGCCCACGUCACCAAGAAGCAGCGCAACGAUGUGCACCUCCGCACGCCGCUGCUCAAGGAGAAUGGGGACACCGAGGCCAGCACCGAGCCUGGUGGCCGGGGUUCCGAGGAGAGUGCCGAGGCCAGCAGCACCAGCCAGGCCGUGGAGGACUGCCUGCACAUCAAAGCCAUCAAGACCGAGAGCUCCGGGCUGUGUCAGUCCAGCCCCGGGGCCCAGUCAUCCUGCAGCAGUGAGCCCUCUCCUCUGGGCAGUGCCCCCAACAAUGACAGCGGCGUGGAGAUGCCGGGGACGGGGCCCGGGAGCCUGGGAGACCUGACAGCCCUGGAUGACACGCCCCCAGGGGCCGAUGCCUCAGCCCUGGCUGCCCCCUCCGCUGGUGGCCUGCAGCUGCGCAAGCACAUGACCACCAUGCACCGGUUCGAGCAGCUUAAGAAGGAGAAGCUCAAGUCACUCAAGGAUUCCUGUUCAUGGGCUGGGCCGGCUCCACAUACCCGGAACACCAAGCUGCCUCCCCUCCCGGGAAGUGGCUCCAUCCUGGAGAACUUCAGCGGCAGCGGGGGCGGCGGGCCAGCAGGGCUGCUGCCCAACCCACGGCUGUCCGAGUUGUGUGCCAGCGAGGUGACCAUGCUGAGCCAGCUGCAGGAGCGCCGCGACAGCUCCACCAGCACGGUCAGCUCGGCCUACACCGUGAGCCGCCGCUCCUCCGGCAUCUCCCCCUACUUCUCCAGCCGCCGCUCCAGCGAGGCCUCGCCCCUGGGCGCCGGCCGCCUGCACAACGCCAGCUCAGCCGACUCCUACGACCCCAUCUCCACGGACGCGUCGCGGCGCUCGAGCGAGGCCAGCCAGUGCAGCGGCAGCUCGGGGCUGCUCAACCUCACGCCGGCGCAGCAGUACAGCCUGCGGGCCAAGUACGCGGCCGCCACGGGCGGGCCCCCGCCCACGCCGCUGCCCGGCCUGGAGCGCGUGAGCCUGCGGACCAGGCUGGCGCUGCUGGACGCGCCGGAGCGUGCGCUGCCCGCUGCCUGCCCGCGCCCCCUGGGGCCGCGACGGGGCAGCGACGGGCCUGCCUACGGCCACGGCCACGGCCACACGGGGGCUGCGCCCGCCUUCCCCCACGAGGCCCCGGGCUGCGGUGCUCGGCGCGCCAGCGACCCCGUGCGGCGGCCCGACGCCCUGGCUUUGCCGCGCGUGCAGCGCUUCCACAGCACCCACAACGUGAACCCCGGCCCGCUGCCACCCUGCGUGGAGAGGCGGGGCCUCCGCCUGCAGACGCACCCGAGCGCCGACAGUGGCCUGGCCCACGGCGCCUAUUCGCCCCGGCCGCCCAGCAUCAGCGAGAACGUGGUGAUGGAGGCCAUGGCGGCGGGGACAGACGGCGCGGGGCCCGAGGCUGACCUGGGGCUGCCGGAGGACGACCUGGUGCUGCCCGAUGACGUGGUACAGUACAUCAAGGCUCACGCCAGUGGCGCUCUGGAUGAGAGCGCAGGGCAGGUAUAUCCCACAGAAGGCACCGGCUUCUCUGACAACCCCAAACUGCCCAGCCCCGGGCUGCACGGCCAGCGCAGAAUGGUGGCUGCAGAUUCCAACGUGGGCCCCUCUGCCCCUGUGCUGGGAGGCUGCCAGCUGGGCUAUGGGUCACCCUCCAGCCUGAACAAAAAUAACAUGCCUGUGCAGUGGAACGAGGUGAGCUCCGGCACCAUGGAUGCCCUGGCCAGCCAGGUGAAGCCACCACCCUUUCCUCAGGGCAGCCUGGCCAUGGUGCAGCAGAAGCCAGCCUUUGGCCAGUACCCAAGCUACAGUCCACAAGGCCUGCAGGCGAGCCCUGGGGGUCUGGACAGCACCCAGCCACACCUUCAACCCCGCAGCGGAGCCUCCUCCACACCCAGGGUAAACUACAUGCAGCAGCUGCAACAGCCAGCGACAGGUGGUCAGUGUCCCAACAUGACCACCGCUAUGAGCCCCCAGACAGGCUAUGGCCAAGCCCACCCCCAGCUGAGCCCCAGCACCAUCAGUGGGGCCAUGAACCAGUUUCCCCCAUCCUGCAGCAACGCGACAGCCAAGCCAGGCCACUUGGGGCACCCUCAGCACACAGAAGUUGCCCCCGACCCAACCAUGAUGGGCAGCCGGCACAGGGAACUCGGGGUCCCGAAUUCAGCCCUGGCCGGGGUGCCACCACCUCAUCCAGUCCAGAGCUACCCACAGCAGAGCCAUCAUCUGGCAGCCCCCAUGGGCCCGGAGAGCUACCGCCAGGGCCCCAACCUCCUGCCUUCCCACCAGCCUGGCUUCAUGGAGCCCCAGCCAGGCACAAUGGGGGUGUCUGCUGCAAGCUUUGGCCUAGUGCAGCCCCGGCCACCCCUUGAGCCCAACCCUGCUGGCCGCCACCGGGGGGUGCGUGCUGGGCAGCAGCAGUUGGCCUAUGCCAGGGCCACUGGCCAUGCCAUGGCUGCUAUGCCAGCCAGCCAGGAAACAGCAGAGGCUGUGCCCAAGGGUGCAGUGGGCACCGUGGUGUCACUGCCGCCUCAGCUGCUUCCCCAGGACACAGGCGGGGCCCAGGACCACAGCAUGCUCUACUACUAUGGCCAGAUCCACAUGUACGAACAGGAUGGAGGCCUGGAGAACCUCGGAGGCUUCCAGGUCACACGGUCCCAGCCACUGCAGCCACAGGCCUGUCCAGACAGCAUCCAGCCCCAGCCCUUGCCCUCGCCAGGUGUCAACCAGGUGUCCAGCACCGUGGACUCCCAGCUCCUGGAGGCCCCCCAGAUUGACUUCGAUGCCAUCAUGGAUGACGGUGAUCACUCAAGUUUGUUCUCGGGUGCUCUGAGCCCCAGCCUCCUCCACAGCCUCUCCCAGAGCUCCUCCCGCCUCACCACCCCCAGGAACCCCCUCACCCUGCCCUCCAUCCCCGCAGGCAUCAGCAACAUGGCCGUGGGGGACAUGAGCUCCAUGCUCACCAGCCUAGCCGAGGAGAGCAAGUUCCUGAACAUGAUGACCUAA